AUGGAUUCUGAGUCCAAAGACAACAGCAAAUACUUUCAACUUUGUCGGUUUGGUACAGAAGACGAUGCUGUUUCUAAUGGCCUACUAUACUACAACAAGGAGCUCGUCGGAUCAUACAGCACUGCAGAGGGGAAAUUCGCCGGCUACAUAAAAGAAUCCAAAGAACUUGCAGAUACCUUAAACAAAAAUCCACAUAUUUUACAUGAGAUAGAAGAUGGCCUGAAAAACUGUAAAAAAUUUGCAAGUUAUGUAUUGCAGUUUGCUCAACGGGGAACAGCACAAGAGCCUCAAGUCCGAGUGUUCUCCACUAAAGCAGGAAGCAGUCACCAACCUGGCAUGCUGGUGUGCAGCGCCUAUAGUUUCUAUCCCAAAGCCCUCACUCUGACAUGGCUGAGGAACGGGGAGGAGGUGACGUCUGGUGUGACGUUCACUGAUGAGAUGUCCAAUGGAAACUGGCUUUACCAGAAGCACUCCUACCUGGAGUACACACCUACAGCAGAAGACCAGAUCUCCUGCAUGGUGGAGCAUGCCAGCCUCUCCACUCCUCAGCUCUACCCACUGGAGAACUUUCCAGAGUCGAGAAGAAACAAGCUGAUAGUUGGGACUGCAGGGCUGCUGCUGGGACUGGCCUUUCUUAUUGCUGGAGUCAUUUAUUACAAAAAACAAACAGAAGGUCAUGUAUUGGUGCCCCAACAUUAAGAAAAUGGACAGAAGAGGAAUAGACCGGCAUUUGUUUUAUUUUUAGCAGACUACCACUUAAUAUUUAUUAGGCAAGAUUUGUCUUUUAAAACAUUGUAAUUUUCUUCU